GGUAAAACCUUACGAGCAUGGAUAAGUUCGGACGAGAGACGAUCCGCUCAAACUACUCGGUGGCGAGCUACACGGCGAAGACGCAGAACUGGUGGAAGGAAUUCAUGGACGUCGACACGCGGAACCGCAGCUCUGGCGGCCGCUCUCCCGCGCAGCGCAUGCUGUUCGACGAUGACGAUAGCUGCGACGUCAGCGAGAGUCACUCGGACGACAGGGACCGGUCACCGGUGGCGAGCAGCAGCAGCUCGUCGUCCUUCUCGCGCUCGCAGCCGCCGGAGAAGCUGCUGGAGAUGGAUGGCUGGCUGGGCGACACGAACCACGGCUUCAUGCGCGUCUACGAUCCAAACUCGCACGCGAUGAAGUCGCGCUGUCUGCCCUGCUCGCUCGGCACCACGUGCCAUCAGAUCUGCCUAAAGCUAGGCAUUCAGAGCAACGCGCUGCAUCUGCAGUACAACGGCGACGUAAUACGUCGGCUGGAGCCGUACGACCACCCGCUGGCGCUGCAGAACGAGUACCUGUCGAAGAUAGGCUACUCAGACAUCUGCAGAAUACAGGAGGUCGGACAGAGCAAGGAGCUCGGCUACCUCAUACGGUUUUACGCCGGAAAACCUAUUCAGGACGGCACAUUCUCAAGACGCAUGCUGUCGGCCCAGCUAUACGUCAGAAAGGGCAAGGUGUUCCAUCAAUGGGUCAAACGGCUGGUUGUCGUCUCUGGAACCAGAGUCCUUAUAUAUCCAGGAGCAGAGAAAAAGGGCACGCCACAGGCACUAUUGCUGGCGAAGGGUAGGGUGGAAGAAGUGAAAUUCAAGAACCAUAGCCGUUGUCUGAGGCUUACAUCUGCUCUGCAGGCGGGUCGCACCAUCUACCUGUCGUUUCCCAACGACUCGGACCUGUCUAAAUGGCUUCGCAAAAUUACAAAGGCGGUGGCGAAGCAGCCCAACCUAGCCGACCUGUCCAACAACCACCUGGAGUAUAUCCCCGAGAACCUUUUUGUCAAUGACAGGCUGUCGCGACUCAACCUGCGACACAACGCGCUCAAGGAAAGACCGAUCGAGGAAGACAUCUACACGAUAGGCUGGGUGGACGACCUUCCGAGCUUUCAGAAUCUGCACACGCUCAACAUGUCCGACAACGACCUGUACACGUUCCCCAGCGCCAUCUGCCAGUGUACGCCGCUACAGGAACUCAACAUCUCCGGUAACAAGAUCGAGGAGAUUCCGCCCAUCAUCGCCGAGCUGAGCAACGCCAUCUGCCAGUGCACGCCGCUACAGGAACUCAACAUAUCCGGUAACAAGAUCGAGGAGAUUCCGCCCAUCAUCGCCGAGCUGAGCAACGGCUUCAUACAACAAGGUGUUGAUGUAAGCGGCUUCAUACAGAAAGGUGUUGAUGUAAGCGGGUUCAUACAGCAAGGUGUUGAUGUAAGCGGGUUCAUACAGCAAGGUGUUGAUGUAAGCGGGUUCAUACAGCAAGGUGUUGAUGUAAGUGGAAUCAUACAGCAAGGUGUUGAUGUAAGCGGGUUCAUACAGCAAGGUGUUGAUGUAGAGAACAUUGAGAUGACAGGAAACUACGUAGAGAGAUUACCCGGUGAUACCGUGUCUGGAAUCAAACACAUUAAGCAGCUGGACGUGCGACUCAACUGUCUGACGCUGCCGCCGGUUGAGACGAUCACGUUUGAGCUGUUUGAGCAUCUGACGCACCUCGACGUGCGUCACAACAACGUCACCAACCUCGACCUGCGUAGCCUGCCCGCGUUGCUUCACCUCAACUGCGAGCGCAACCGCCUCGUGCUGCUUCAGCUCAACGGCACCUGCCUGCACAGACUGCUCGCCGCUCACAACAGUCUGCAGGCCCUUUAUGUCACUCCCCUUCCAGAGAAUCUAAAGCUACUCGACGUAUCACACAAUGAGCUUAACAAACUACCGGACUGGGUGUGUGACUUAUACAAGUUGGAGAGUCUUAGGGCCAGCCACAACCGACUUUCGUUGUUACCCAACAGGCUGCUGUGUCACAUGGAAGCGCUGCGGAUGCUCUACGUCGACCACAACCAGCUGACCAUGCUUCCUGAGUGCGUGGAGAGCUGUGCGAUAGAGGUGCUCAUGUUGGAGCACAAUCGCCUCACGCAGCUACCAGUCGAGCUGCUCGUCAACUGCCGCAAGCUAAAAACCCUCAAUGCGACCAACAACCGGCUGACGUCAUUCCCACCGCUCAACCAAUGCGAAGACCUCAACAAGAUUCAGGAGUUGAAUCUGUCCUUUAACUACCUUACGGACGCCGUGUUCGAGGAGAUUUGCAACUACCCACGCCUGAAGAUCCUACAUAUGGCCUACAACUGCCUGCGAGAAAUCACAGCCGUAGCAAUCCACAAGCUGGAAAUUCUAGAGGAGCUGAACAUAUCUGGCAACAAGAUCGCGUAUCUACCCGACGUCAUAGGCGAGCUGCCUAAACUAGUAGUACUGAGAGCACACUCCAACAAGCUUAGGGCUCUACCCGACUUUUACAAAGCAACAUCACUGAAGGUGUUAGACGUGGGAUGCAACCAGCUGCACAAGGUGUCCGUCUCUAACAUCAUGGCAUCACAGCUGAAGCAUCUCGAUGUAUCGUGUAAUUCUGGUCUACAGGUCACGCCCCAGGCUUUCCAAUCAUUCAGUUCCGUGAAAAACAUCUCACUGGUGGACAUGAAUGGCAGCAGGAACAGCCGCAGUACGCUCACCCCUGCCGAGUCCCAGGCGACCGUUGCCCAUGACAACCUGUGGAACGUUGGCUUCUCGGAGACGUCCGGAUCUCGAAACAAGCUGUGCAUCACACAGCUGCGCAUCCCGCAGUACGGCGCGGACGAGGCGCUGUUUGGCAUCUUCGAUGGCGGCCGCAACAACGAGGCGCCGCUGCUGUUGCAGGAGAAGGUCGCGAACAUCAUGCGUGACGAGCUCAAUCAUCAGCGCACGUCCGAGCAAUACAUGAAGUACACGAUGCUGACCGCUCACAGGAAGCUGAAAGGAACCGGCCAGCGGAUAGGUGCUGCCACCUGUCUGUGCCACUUGCGCACGUCGGUAGUCGACAACAUACACGAGUAUAUUGCGAGCGUGGCGAGCGUCGGCAAUGUUGAGGCGGUGCUGUGCCGCAGCGGCGAACUGCUGCGUCUGACGCGACUGUUCACCGUCGUCAGCGAUCAGGAGGAGUGCGACCGCGUCAAGCGCAACGACGCCAUCAUCACCGACGACAACAAGGUAAACGGUAACACGGACGCUACGCGCAUGCUCGGCUGCGGCUACCUGUUUCCGGCCGUCAUCCCCGAUCCGCACAUCAUCACGACGAAGCUGCGCGCAGACGACGAAUUCAUCAUCGUCGCCAACUGCGGCCUGUGGAAGUACGUGUCGUACGUCGACGCAAUCCAGCAGAUACGACACGUCGCCAACCCUGUGCUCGCCGCCAAGAAGCUACAGGAUUUGGCACAAAGCUAUGGAUCAAAGGAGAACCUGAGCAUCAUGGUCAUACAGCUAAAUCUGGAGGGAGGCAACAGGCACCGUUAUACCAAAAGUCAGAAUGAAAGUUUCUCUACAGUGCACACCUCUAGCCUGUCCAGUGUGCCAGCCAGUGCCCGUAAUCCACUUGUAAAGAUGCGGCACUCUCGCACCGCUAGUGACAGCCAGCACUGUUACGGCAGCAGCAAUCAGAGUCUGGUGGAAAAUGGCGUCAGACCGCGCAGGAAUGACAACAGGGUGCGCGUGGCGGUCGCAGGGGAGACCUGCACCGACAGCACUGCCAGUCUAGCUCAGAAGAUAACCAGGAGCGUCGAGCAGCUGGAAGCCGACGACGAUGAUGUCGAUGACGACGGCGACGACAGCAGAGGUUACGCCGACGACAACGAUGACGAUGACGGAGGUGGCAGAGAAGACGGGAGGCGGCCGACGCGAAGUUUUCCGGCGACGCCCACCGACUAUCUCGCCUACAUGUAUCACCAACACCAGCUGCUGCUCGACAGCGACACGGCGCGCGACGACGUACUCGUGCUGCCCUCUAGGCUGAACAAGUCGCGUCGCAGCACCACCAGCAGCAGGUCAAUGCAUAGCAACGGCAAUCGUGACGAUUACGCGUACGAACCUGUACCGACAACCGACGACGGCGACUCCGCCAUCGGCAGCCAGAGGGUGCCAUCAACGCGGCCACAAUCUGCCAGGAACUACCGCAACGAGUGCUGCGAUUCGUGGGAGUUUCUCAACGACACUAACACUAUGAACGGCUACGACGAUAACGAUGACGAUGACGACGGUGGUGCAGGCAUAAACGCUCAGCCUAAUGGCGCAGCGCCUCUAAGCAACGGCAUGCAGAGGUCAUCGUCCAGUAGUAGUGCCAUAAACCGGCUGGUCGUCAGGAGGAGUAGGCACUCCCUGAUGGACAGUGCCGAAGCGCCCAUCGGCGUUGUCUACGCAAACGGAGACAGCGGAGAUAUCGUUGAACUUGUUUGAUUGCGUGGCAAGGAGGUAACUAUAUAUAUAUUACCAUGUAGGUUUAUGCUUGCUUGCCUUCUAAGACCUGCCUAUAACACGCAACCAUGUUAUAACACAUUGCGGAUGCUACGAGUGAAAUAACUACAUAAUCAUCACAAACCUUAUAUAUUGAAUAUAUAUAUAUAUAUAUAUAUAUAAGGUUUGUGAAAAUAUGCUAUAAUACGAUGUUCAGUUACGGCCGGGGUAUAAUUUAUUAAUUAGGCCCUGCAACGUUUCCCUGUCUAAUUAAAAAUUCAUUAUCAACUGACGAACGGUACAUGAGUACAAGUGAGUUGUGGUAAGCUAGUGCUUGCACUUGCGUCGGGUCAAUAAGCUCUCGAUCGUAUUGGAAUCUCGACAGAUGACAUUCGUUUCUAUUAUUCAUUGUCGGGUAAAGUAUUUGAGAGGUUAUUAUUCUAAUCGUUUAGUUAAUGUCUUCACAAAACAAAGGCAGCAACAUUAUCCAUAUGUAAAUGGGGUCAGAUUUCAUGAUUCAUAGGUACGGUUUUUAUAUGCUACCAGCAAAUUCUUGCUGCAAAAUAUGCGUUUAAUUAAGGUCCAUGGGGAAAUGUGUGAUAUCCUGGGUCGCGGUAUUCCUUAGCCAAAUCAUCAGAUAUUAAUUAAAACUCUUUUAAAAGUUCUCACUUUAUUUGAUCUUUUAAAAUUGUUACUACUAAUAAUAAUGUUGAUUGGUGGUAGGUUAACCUCGUUUUGACGUUAGGCUUCAUGUAACUGUAAGUUUAGGUGAUGGAGUGGCGGCAGAGGUGAUCAGGAUGGUGCAGAAUUGUGAUUAACCUGGUGUAGGAGUGUAUAUAGAGCUUUGCAUGGAGUCAUUCGGGGCUGAGAUUGUAAUCGCAUACGUGAGGGCGGUUCGAUUAAUUGCAUGCAAAUCUAUGUAAAGGAUGUGUGUGCUAACUCGAGAUAAUUUUCAGAGAGUUCAAUCGAAUGAUAAUGUGAUUACUGAUGGAUAAUUAAUUAUUGUAUAUUUUAUUCCAAUAAUAGAAACAGUUUCUAUACAUGUUCUGUCGAUGUGAUAUUGUGGUUUCCUUCGCCUGGUGCUGAAUUCUAGAUUGCUAGCAGCACGACAUCAAUUCUGUAUAUAUAGAGUAGCUAUUAGGGAAAUGUUUAACAAUCUACAUAUACCCAAUAUAUUAAAACUGUUGAAUUAUUUUCUCUGCAUAUAUAUAUAUUGUAUUGCAUGAAGUAGUUAUUAUAGCUCGUGAUAGAUAAAUUCCAAUAACAAGAUAUUAACAAAAACUCUCUUGUUAUUUUUGUGUAUAGGUAUUAUUUGAGAAUAUAUACUCGUCUGUAUAAUAAAUAUAAUAAAAAACUGUGAUUAUUUUACGUAAAA